UCUAAAGGAAAUCAAAACCCCUCGCUCCUUUUGAACCCAAGAGUUUUCAGUUUUUCAGGCAAAGAUGUUUGAAGCCGUUGAGCACUCCCCUCACUCCAAAAGGCCAAAACUUUCUCUCUUUCCUAGCUGCAAGGAGACUCCGCCGGAAACCAUGGUUGAAGAGAAAGAAGACCUCAUGAUUUCACCAACCGGUGGACACCCAUUUCACAAAACAGCCCACUAUCUCAAACCCAUAUCCCCACCUCACCCUUGGACCCAAAAAAGUGGCCAUCCCAGCUUCAGUUCCGUGGAUGGCGCCGCGACCACCAAGACUUACUGACUUGGGUUCACCACUUGGCUUCUACUCACCAAUCCACGUGGAAGAAAGCCGGCAUUUACGAACCCAUCUUCAACUCGACUUACCAGAUAAGAAGAAACAACGACUUGGUUUGUGGGUUUGCAGAGAAAUGGUGUUGUGAGACCAACACCUUCGUUUUCCCAUGGGGUGAAACCACAAUCACAUUGGAGGAUGUUAUGGUUUUGGGAGGCUUCUGUGUUUUGGGGGACUCUAUUUUGAGUCCUAUUGAAAGCAGAGAGCUGAAAGAAAUAGAAGAGAAACUUGAGAAAGAGCGAAAAGGGCUUUACGAUUACAGUGGGCGUGGGUCUAAGGUGGCCAGCGCAGAGUUAUGGAUGAAGAAAUUCAUGAAGAGCGGGAGUAAACUAGAGCACCUAGCAUUUCUCGUCUUUUGGUUGUCCAGGUAUGUUUUCCACGGCAGUCGUGAUUCAGUAAACAAGGCUGUUUUCUCUGUUGCAAUUCAUUUAGAUAGGGGCAUUCGGAUUGCUCUUGCACCGGCUGUUCUUGCUCACAUUUAUGGAGAUUUGAGUCUGCUUAAAAGGACUAUUGUAGCUUCAAAUGGCAGUAAUGAAUUAAAGCUAGAGUCACCAUUUCAUUUAGUUCAGGUUUGGGCAUGGGAAAGGUUUUUGGAACUUAGGCCAAAGCCGAAUGUUAUGAGCUAUGCUGAGCCAAGAUUGGCUAGAUGGGAUAGAAUACAUGGUCAGGAUUUCGGAAAUUUGAGGAUUGUUUUAGACUCUGCUGGAGAAUGUUUCAUGUGGCGCCCUUAUGCCAUUGCCAUUGAAAACUGGAAGCUUCCUGGUUACUGUUCAGAAAAAGAUAGGUGCGUUGGUCCUGGUUUGGAUGAUGAGUUCCUUUCAUUUGCUCUAUGCUUGAGGGUGAUUGAUUUGGUUGGAUUUGGUCGAAAUGAGCGAUACCUUCCGCACAGGGUGGCUAGGCAAUUUGGAUAUGAUCAAGAUAUUCCGUGUGUCAUUGCUCAAUCCAAUGAUGGUUCUGGUAUUUUCAUUCCUCAUAUAUCGUGGAAUGAUCACAUGAAGGAAAUUAAGGAUGUAAAAUUGUAUAUUCCAUCUAGGCUGUCUGAAGCAGAUGUGAGCACAAGAUACAUGAAAUGGUGGGAGGAAACAGUAUCAGGUCUCAAACACAUAACGAAGCCUAGGAUGCCACUGAAGAAGAAAGCAAAGACUGUUGAGGGAUCACUACUGACGGGUAAACCUGCCCUCAGGCAUCCUGGUUUCCGGCGAACAAAAGUUGCUGAGGGUUCAAAUGAAAGAAACAGGUUUACUGGUUUCACCAUUCCUUCUGUUUCUUGUCCAAAGAGUUAUGCAAAAGUAGUAAAGAUUUCCAAAGUACAUAAUGUAGGUAAUGAUUCCCUUGUUCCUCCCGGAUUUCCUCCCAGAUUUCCUCCCACAGGUAAUAUGAUGGAAGUUGGAGACACUAUGGACAAAGAUGAACCGACUAGUCCAGAAAUUUUGGAAAAAGGGAAGCAAAAAAACGUUGAAACUAGAAAAGGGGUUGAUGAUUCAAUUGCUGAUGGAAGUUCUGUUGAUGAUAUUAUGAAGUCAGAAAGAUUGGAGGAAGAGGUUAUGCUGAGUCCGACUUUGGUUUGGGGAACUAAGGCCAAGAGGAACAUUAAAUAUGUAAUUGUGAGUAAUGCAAGAAGUCUAGAUAAUGACAUGGUAAGAACUAUUGGCAAUGAAUGGGCGAGCAGGGUUGAGAGACAGGUUUCAGAGCUUAAAAAUCUUGUAAGAAGCUUUAAAGAAUCAGACAUUUUGAAAUAUUGUAAGAAGCAUAAAAAUAUUGAAACUAGAAGAGAUGGUGACUGCGUGAAGUUAUCAGGUGAAGUUCAAGAUUUGGCAUCUUCAACUGUGGAAGAAGGUUCUGUUAUGAAACAGGUUUCAGAGCUUAAAGCUAGGGUUAGCAAGCUUGAAAGUUUGGCUGACAUGUUUCAAACAAACACUAGUGGAGCAGGUGUGGGAACAGCUAAGGAAAGAUAGCACUCCUCUAAUUUGGCCUGAGUUGAAGUUAAUUUGAAGCAAAGAUCUCCAGAUGUUUCCACCAGAUUCUGUGCUUUUGCUCUUGUUUUGGGAAUGGGAUAUUUGCCUGGUUAUAAGGGAUAACAUUAGAUUAUGGAUUUCGGAACAAACCAACUUACAAACUGAUAGUGAAGAACUGCACAUGAUAUACUCUUGUUGCUAUAGCCACAUAUGGUAUUUUCUUCUACCUAAAUAUCUUAGCCACACAUAAUAAGUAUCUAACUUAUUAUGUGAGUAAAUAUCAUCUUUUAAACGUUUAAGAUUCCUAAAUAUGUAUUACAGUCAUCAACUAUCAAGCACAAAGGGGUCUUGUUACCCUCGCGUCUCACUUAAUUUGGGGCUGUAAUAAAGAUAUGGGACGGCAGUUUGCUUCUUCACUUAGUUGAUGAGUGGAGUGUUGCCUUUCACAUCUGCAGUACUGUUCCUAUUCUCGCUUAUUUUAUCGUUGAUCUGUGGUAUGUUAGAGAUACGCAAAGUGUUUGUAAUGGUACCUUUCGAAUCCCGUGGACUAGUUGAAAUCAAGAUGAAAAUGAAAGCACAUAUUUCAUUGAGUUCAUCAGGUCGUGCUGUCCCAUUUUUUACUCGCAUCCCAAACAUUACAUUACUAAGCUCUCUAAGAGCUGAGUAUGAUACUUAGACCCACCAUAGUAUAAUCACAUAAUCCGAGCCAUUUAAUUUUUAGAUCUCCCUUCAAUGGUAAGCGCACCUUUUUCAAUACAACAAGGAGAAAAUACUUAGUACUUAAACUCUUUGAACCCAAGACUUCUGUGAUGGAGAGUCCAGAGGACACCAUUAUUGAAGAAAGAGAGGUCAAUGGAGACCCAUUCUGAAAAAAGCCUGCUUUCUGAAACCCACAUCCAAGAAUGCUACUGAGAGCUCAUGGUUGAAGAAGUUCAGGAAGAGUGGGAGUGAAUUGGAGCACCAAGCAUUCCUUGCCUUUUGGUUGUCCAGGUAUGUUUUUCCUGAGGCUUGUAAUGCCUUACACAAACGUGUAUUUCCAAUUGCAAUUCUUUUAGCUAGAGGUACCCGCAUUGUGCUUGCACCGGCUGUUCUUGCCUGCAUUUAUAGAGAUUUGAGUGUGCUGAAAAGGACUAUUGUAGCUUCAAAUGAAUUAAAGGGCAGGAAUGAUGUUUCAAAACUCAAACUCAAGUCACCAUUUCAUUUAGUACAGGUUUGGGCAUGGGAAAGAUUUCUGGAAUUUAGGCCAGUACCCAAUGUUAUUAGUUAUCUGAGCCAAGAUUGGCCCUAUGGACCAGAGUAGAUGGUCUAAAAGUUGUAAAUGUGAGGACAGUUUUAGAAUCAGCUGGAGAAGUUUUUGUUUGGCGCCCUUAUGCCAUGCCAAUUGAGAACUGGAACUUGCCUAAAUACUAUGACGAGAAGGAAAAGUGGGUUCGCCCGGGUCUGGAGGAUAAAUUAUUGUCAUUUGUCUUGUGCUUGAGGGCGACUGAGUUAGCUGGAUUAGAUACUAGAGAGCAAUAACUUCCGCAUCGGGUAGGCAAUAUGGAUAUGAUCAAGACUUUCCAUGUUCUGUAGCUCGCUCUGGUCACAGUUUUGAUGACUCAUGUGUAGAAGUAAAUUCUGAGGGAGCCUGGAAAGAUUGCAUG